UGCCGGCCGUAUGUAAUCUGUGUUCUGUACUUCUGUGGCCAAAUAAAUAUUAAGUGAUCUGUGUAUUAUUUUAAUCUUUGGGCCAGCCAGAUAGAAAAAAAGACAAAAAAAUAUUAUGUAAACAAACAAUCAACACUAUUACAAUACACUACAUUACCUUUUCAAAUACUUAAUAAUUGAGAUUAAAUUAAAUGUAUUGUUUGAUAUUCCACGUCUUACUUUUGAUUACAAUAUGAGUAUGAAGUAUAAAAAAUAAGUAAAGUACCUAAAAACUAUAAAGUGAGUCACAAAAACUUUAAGUCUAUCUAAGAAGUCUAUAAAGUGAGUCACUAAAGUAAUUUAAGUAACUUUUACACCUUUAUAACACGGAAUUAUUUGUUAUUUAAUAAUAAUUAGUUCAUAAUUGAAACUUUUAAUUAGUAACUUAAAUCUGAACGAUUUACAUGAUUAAAUUAAUAUUUUUAUAACCUAUUUAUUUAAUAACCUAUUGAUGAACCUCAGGAUAGCACCUUGUUUAUUAAUAACAGGCUUCCAAUCCCUAUAAAAUUGGUUUAUAAUGUUUAUACGUUUUAUAUAAUAAGUAAUUUUAUAUGUAUUUCAUUGUAUGUAAUGUAAUAAACAUUUGAUUGAGUGAGUGAUUGAACAUUUAAAAAUGAAAUUACUGAUUUUUACCAAAUUCCUUAUGUACAUAAUAUUGUAUGUGCUAAUUUAAAUAAACAAUAUUUACACAGUCUUCAAAUUGGCUAUUGUUUUAUUUAUUUGUGUGAAAAUAGUCGCUUUAUAUGUAAGGAAUAUGGAAUACCUAAAUGUAUGAUUAAUUGAUAUUUGACAACCAAAUUAUAAUAAAAAAUGAAUAAUAAUAAAUUGUAUUUUAUCUAUGGCAUAGAAAUUUUAUUUGUUCUUGGAUUAUCUUUUGCCGCUUCGUAGUUUGGAUCGUGCCGCGAUGCAAGAACCAGCUCAUGACUAAGGGCCCCGUAUGGGUUCGAAACUAGUCGGGCAUACUCCGACGUAAUAUCACGUUCACAAAGUAUACAUUUUGAGAAUGUUCAAAAAUGGGCUGUUGUAGUGGCUCGCUACGUGGCCUACUUACUGAUGAUAAGAGGCGCCCACGAGGCCUGCGUGUACGGGUAUGGCGUGCUGCAAACACAGGAAGAGAUCAACGUCGGUAGAGUUUGGAGACGCUGUAGGACGUUCGUGGUGCUGUUGGCGGCGUCGUUGGCUUGCGUGCUGUACUGUGAGCAGAGGAUCAUUGGCGAAGAGUUCUUGCUCCUGUUUAUUGCGCAUUUGAUCGUCAAGUAUCCGGAAGUGGAGCAGCCCCCCAUCAUCAACUACGGCAUGGGGAUGGCGUACAGCUUCUACGAGGGCUACCUCGCCCACAUCAUUCCCAGCGACGGCGGGCGCUUCGUCGGCUUCCAGGAGAACAUGAGCAUCUACGAGUCGGCCCAGGGGAUCGUGUUCCCUGUGAAGCGGCUGUUCCUCGUCAUCACCAGGUCGCUGUACUGCCCGCCGGACCUCAAGCACUUCAACAAGAGCGACAGCAGUCUGCCGCAUCUGGAGGCGUGCAAGGUUAGUGACAAGUCGCUGGAGGACGUGGAGAAGGACGUGGCGGGCGUGAAGGGGCGCACGUACCGGAACUCCGCGUACGUCAUCUACCGGCCGGGCCGCCGCGCCGUGUACCUGUCCGCCGAGUGCGCCACGCCGCUGCACACGCUGUACCGCGUGCUGCAGAAGAAGACCGUCUACGAAGAGCUGGCGGACGUGGACUCCCGCGAGCUGGUGCGCGACUUCUGCUCCACGCUGCGCUCCGCCGUGCACAAGAACCCGGAGAGCCGCGACAAGUGCGAGCUGGUCUUCUACGACGAUUUAGAUCCAACUCAAAAUUUGGCUGACGUACUUUUGGACAAGAUUCGUGAACUGGAACCUAAUUUCGAAGAGAUUAUCUCAAAGAGAGAAUGACAAGUUUUUUAUGAUUUAUUCUUUUUUAAUUUCACUUUCUUCUUAUAGUGCGACAUAAAGUAGUAGAAGUUAAUAAAAAUGGAACUAAUACACUCGCUGUGUGGCAACACCACGUUUACUGUCAUUAUCACAAAGAUCUGCCAUUAUAGAACAACCAAUCAUUAUUAUUGAUAGUCUUCUUAGAUUAUUAAACUGGUAACCAAUUUCCAUUAUAUAAAAUUAUAGUGGAAAUUGGUUACCAGACAAAUUACAAUAAAUAGAAUUCAUUAAGGUGACAUUGACUUUAUUUAUAUUAAGUAAAGAACAAAUUAUUGAUUUUCGAGUACCGAGCUAGAGCGCGCGCACAAUUGAUGAAGUUUGCGCGUGGCCAAAAUCGGAACUAAUCAAAAGUGCCGCCAUUUUGUCAUCUAUCUCUUGGUGGGUAAAAGAGAUCACAAAUGCUGGCAACAUAAUUGCGCCGCCAGUAGCGCGCAAAGCUUUCUUGCGUGCACUCUAGUUGCAAUCCCAAGUAGAUGACAGAAAAUAGGGUUACCCUAUGAACGAUAAUAAGUGAUUACAGCGCCCUCAUAUUUUAUUUUCUACUAUUUUUUGUCGCACAUUCAUAGUUUAGGUUUUUUUAUUGAUCUCUAUAAGAGAUUUUUUUUAAUAUUUGACAAUGUUUGUUUUUAUUUAUCUUUAUAAUUUAAACGUUACGUUGUUUUAUGUACACAAGUAGGAUUCUACACUUUGAAACCUUUUUUUGUGGAUAUCAUAUUUCAUUAUGUUUUGGUAUACCUACACUACACUAUGAUAAUUUAAAUUGUUUUUAGAGACAUCCCAAAAAAUUCAAGAUUUAUACUACAGCCAUGACGAUAAUUUAUUAUUAAAAACUUUGUUUUAAUGUAGGUCGUAGACAGAAAAAGUAAUAGACGCAUCAUUCCCUUUAUAGCAUAUCACCUUGUGCAUAGAGUGUGGAGAUUUGAUAUUCAGUGUCAUGAUGUUUGCCGUCUUUCAUACUCAACAACGGUUCAAAAUAGUUUAGUCAGUGAUACAUUUUUAUACUUGUGUAAAAUAUGUAUGAAAUAAAUGUGAUAUGAGCACAAAAUUACAACUUUAACUUAUUGUAAUGUAUAAGUAAUUAGUAGCUUAAAACAUAUUGAUGAAAAAAUCGUUCAGUAUUUAUGAUGAGAAAAUCAUGUCAAGGUUGCAUAAUUUUUGACUAAUAAAGGCCAAUCAUUUGUCUAUUUCUUUCACUGUCUACGGCUAUAACUAUAUAUAUAGGGUCUGAUUGUAACACUGAAAGUGUUCACACUUUGAAAUUCUUGCGUUAAUUCACAGACAGAGAAGCUCUAUGUGUAUUGUAUAUUACGUAUUAAGGUGCCUCAUUGAUCCUGUGGUUAGCUGGUUAGGGACAAUGAGGUCCACGGUUCGAAUCCCGGGUCAGGUCAACAUAAAAUACGUGUUGGUAAUGGUACACCCCCGUGUUUCGGAGAGCACGUAAAUACGUCCACGUCGGACCAGCGUAUAUACUUAGUCUUUCACCGGUCAUGUUGGUCUGCCGUCCCAUCGGACUAUGAAAGUGAGGGAAUAGAGAGUGAACCCACUUGUGCACUAUAAUAUCUCCUGCGUAUAUCGUAAUCUCAACAUGAAAUUGGCCACCGUGGUCGAAAAUUCUAUUGGGAGGAUAUUAUUAUUAUUCAGGUGUCAGUUAUAAGUCAUCAUUUCCUUACCCUUAUCCCACUUAAGUGGGGUCGGAAAAAUAUGUCAAUCUUUUCCAUUCGUUUCUUUCUUUGUGUUGACAUAGGUGUCAGUUAUAAGUAAUUUAGAUAUAUUUUAGUUUACAAAACAAUAAACAUGUUAACCAAAUAGAUAAUUAAAGUUGCGGUGGCAUUUAAGGGAGCUCGUUUUUAAGCAAUUUUUAUGAUUAAAGCCAUUUUUAUAAUCAUUCAUAAAUAUAUUAUUGUCGUGCUAAAAGCACGUUGGCGUUACUAUACAAUUAUAGAUAUUUUAAUGCCUAAUACUAUGUUAAUUUAAAUCUUAACUUAGCGGUUAAGUGGUCGGACGCAAAUCCAUGAGGUGUAUGUAGGUUGGACGUACGAAGUUCAGUUUACUAUAUGUAUGAGAGUUUACUCAAUACUCGAAAAGUGCAAGAUGCACAACCGAGGAGCAGCAGGUCGCGGAGUGCGUGCCCGCCAACAGCGUACGGUGAAAGGUGCGCAGAAUAGGUUGCGCACAAAAACGUAACGCUGUCAUUCGUUCAUCGAAUUUUACUGCCCAUGUUUGUUCAUACCGGGGGCUAUACAUGAAACAUCUAUUCUUAAGGAGUAAACUCCAAAACUUACAGGAAAAGAGAUAUAAAUCAUCGGCAAUAAUGCUGACGAAAUCUAAUUUUGGCAGUUUCGAUACCGAAUGCAAAGUACUCCUAAGUAAUUACCAGUGUUUUUUAUGACAGUAAGAUGAUGCGCAUCACGAUCUUGGGAGAAACAGCAGUGUCGACCAAUAGCGACUAAAUAUCCCUCUCUUUUGUUGCUAUGAGACGAAUUAGAGAUUCGAUUCUGUAUGCUGUUGGUCGAUAAUAGGCUAGUUGACACUUAUUGAAAGGGUCCAAAUAGUUCGUUGGUGUAUAUUUUUAAAUAUAUAAACUGUCUGCCAUGAUGAUCUAUAUUUUAACUGUUUUAUGACGUCACGUAAACUACCUUGGCGUAUAAAUAAAAAAUUGAAAAAAAGAUUAGUUAAUAAUUAAUUUGACGUUUAUUACUUUAGUGAUAUCUAUAGGUCAAUAAAAAAUUAAUAAAUACAUAAUAUAUAUGAACUCCUUAACUUUUAUAAAUGGAUAUCGAUAUAUUUCAGACCCAUAAUCCAUGUAUCUACUACACGAAAUGAACAUUGUUUAUAUUAGAUUUGAUAUAUAUGAGAUAUGAGUCAACUAACCUAUUAUUUUUUUUUUGUCUGGACAUAUGUCGUGGUGCGCAUCAUAGGGUUACAGAAAAAGCAAAAACACAAUUUUUGUUUUCUGUAAAAUAGAAAAAUAUUACUUGGGCAGUGUAUUUUUUCUAACUGUCGUAAUAUUUUUAGUGUGUGCACAAAGUGUAACAAAUAAAAUAUUUUUUUUGACAUAUUAAAUAAUUAAAUAUUAAGUAAAACGCUUGUUACAAUAUUAUGUAAGUUUGUAAAACUAUGACAUUUGAAAAAUGUUGAUAUUUCUAACAACUUUAAAUUCUAUUAAAAGUAAUGACUGUUUGUUCUAGUUUUAAGAUAUUUUUAGAAAACUUUAAUGUUUUAUAAAUAAAUAUUGUUUUUUAUAUUUAAAA